GUGCUGUACUUCUUGGCAGUGUACAAGGGCUAACAGUUAAUAUUGACCCGGUCAUAUAUACGUGGCUCAUCUAUCAGCCUCAGAAACGAACAAGUAGACACAUGCAACAGCAGCCUGUUCCUCUUGUUAUGCCAAUCAGCAGAAGAAAGGAGGAUGAGGUGUCUGUUGGAAGUGCACCCUUGGCAAAGCAGCAAUCAUAUCAGGCCUCUGAAUAUGCCAGCAGCCCUAUUAAAACAAAAACAAUAACAGAAUCCCGACCAUUGUCAGUUCCUGUGAAAGCCAUGCUGAAUAUAUCUGAAGGCUGUAGAAGUCCUGAAGAAAGAAUGAAAGAAUUUAUUGGAAUAGUAUGGAAUGCAGUAAAGAGUCUCACACUACAGCUUGAAGUGCAAUCUUGUUGUGUGUUCAUUCCAAAUGAUAGCCUGCCUUCCCCAAGUACAAUUGUAUCUGGUGACAUUCCUGGAACAGUAAGAAGUUGGUACCAUGGACAAACCAGAAUGCCAGGAACGCUUGUCCUGUGUUUGCCUCAAAUAAAGAUUAUUAGUGCUGGUCACAAGUAUAUGGAACCUCUGCAGGAGAUUCCAUUUGUCAUCCCACGACCCAUCCUUGAAGAAGGUGAUGCUUUUCCUUGGACCAUCAGCUUGCAUCAUUUCAGCAUAUAUACUCUUCUUGGAAAACAAGUGACACUUUGCCUAGUGGAACCUAUGGGUUGUACCUCUACUCUAGCUGUCACGUCUCAAAAACUACUCGCUACAGGACCUGAUACAAGGCAUUCAUUUAUUGUCUGUCUCCAUGUUGACCUAGAGUCACUAGAGAUAAAAUGCUGUAAUCCUCAGGUUCAGCUCUUCUGUGAACUAACUGAUAUUAUGAAUAAGGUCUGGAAUAAGAUUCAGAAGAGGGGCAAUCUCAAUCCAUCUUCAGCCUAUUCAGAGACCGUGGCAGGACCUGUCCCUAGUUCUCCAGUUAGAAGCAGCGUAGGCACAGCUCCUCCAGAUACUAGCACAUGCAGCCCAUCUGCCGACAUUGGAACUACUACUGAGGGAGAUUCUAAUCAAGCAGGUGAUGACUCACCAUUCUCAGAUUCUGUUACCUUGGAACAAACUACAAGUAACAUUGGUGGAUCCAGUGGACGUGUUAGUCUGUGGAUGCAGUGGGUGCUCCCCAAAAUUACUGUAAAGCUCUUUGCUCCAGAUCCUGAAAAUAAAGGCACAGAGGUUUGUAUGGUCAGUGAACUAGAAGAUCUCAGUGCUUCCAUAGAUGUCCAGGAUGUAUACACCAAAGUGAAAUGUAAAAUAGAGAGUUUCAAUAUUGAUCACUAUAGAAGCAGGCCAGGGGAAGGUUGGCAGUCAGGACAUUUUGAAGGAGUAUUUCUGCAGUGCAAAGAAAAACCUGUGACGACCACAAAACUUCUAGAUGGCUCUCAUCAACAGCAUGGAUUUCUCUCUCUGACAUAUACUAAAGCUGUAACAAAAAAUGUUCGCCACAAGUUGACAUCAAGAAAUGAGCGAAGAAGUUUUCAUAAGUUAUCUGAAGGUUUAACGGAUGGUUCCCCUCAUUUUCUUCAUGAAAUUCUCCUUUCAGCACAAGCCUUUGAUAUUGUCCUUUGUUUUCCUUUACUAAAUGCCAUCACAAGUAUAUUUCAAGCAAAACUACAAAAGACCCAAAAAGAGAAAAGAAAAUCUCCUGGGCAGCCCAUGAGGACCCUUACGCUGACUUCACGCAAUUUACCUUUGAUUUAUAUCAAUACAAGUGUAAUCAGAAUUUUUGUUCCAAAAAUAGAGGAAAUGCAACCAACUGUUGAAGUUAAUCAGGCAGCAAAAGAAGACACCAUGGUUUUGAAGAUCGGCUCUGUUGCCAUGGCUCCCCAGGCUGACAAUCCCCUUGGCAGAUCUGUCCUCAGGAAAGAUAUUUACCAACGAGCCUUGAACUUAGGAAUUCUUCGAGAUCCUGGAUCAGAAAUUGAAGAUAGACAAUAUCAAAUAGACCUGCAGUCCAUCAAUAUUGGUACUGCACAAUGGGAUCAACUAAAACCAGAGAAGGAAAGUAGUACAGGAGGUGUGCUAACAGAGAGUGAGAGGAAUUCUCAAAAUCCAGCCCUUGAGUGGAAUAUGGCCAGCAGCAUACGGCGGCAUCAAGAAAGGAGAGCAAUUUUGACCCCUAUUUUGACAGAUUUUUCCGUACGAAUAACUGGAGCACCAGCCAUCAUUUUCACCAAAAUAAUUUCUCCAGAAAAUUUGCAUGCCGAGGAGAUUUUAGUAAGUGGCCAUUCCUUGGAGGUGAAUAUAACCACAAACCUGGACUUCUUCCUAAGUGUGGCUCAAGUUCAGCUCUUACAUCAGUUAGUAGUAGCAAAUAUGACUGGACUGGAACCAUCAAACAAGGCCACAGAGAUCUCUAAACAAGAACAGAAAAAAAUGGAUAUGUUUGAUGGAGGCAUGGCUGAGACCUCAUCUCGCUACAGUGGUGCUCAGGACAGUGGAAUUGGCAGUGACAGUGUUAAAAUAAGAAUAGUACAAAUAGAGCAGCACAGUGGUGCCAGUCAGCAUCGCAUUGCCCGUCCCUCACGCCAGUCAUCAAUUGUAAAAAAUCUAAACUUUAUUCCCUUUGACAUAUUUAUUACUGCAAGUAGAAUCUCACUGAUGACCUAUUCCUGUAUGGCCUUACCCAAAUCGAAGUUACAAGAACAGAAGGAUAAUGAAAAAACAAGUGAGAGUUCAUUAAAUCUCCCAGAAGUUGAUUCAGAUGUUGCUAAGCCCAACCAGGCAUGUAUUUCCACAGUGACAGCAGAUGAUCUCUUAAGCAGCAGCGUUUCUUUUCCUUCAGGGAAAAAAAUAGGAGUCCUGUCUCUUGAAAGUCUCCAUGCGUCCACAAGGUCAUCUGCUAGGCAAGCGCUUGGUGUAACUAUUGUUCGACAGCCUGGUCGAAGAGGAACCGGUGACUUACAGCUAGAACCUUUUCUGUACUUUAUUGUGUCCCAACCUUCCUUGCUUUUGAGUUGUCACCACCGAAAGCAGCGAGUGGAAAUAUCCAUUUUUGAUGCUGUGCUUAAAGGGGUAGCCUCUGAUUACAAAUGUACAGAUCCUGGGAAGACUCUGCCUGAAGCCCUUGAUUACUGCACUGUUUGGCUGCAGACAGUGCCUGGAGAAAUAGACAGCAAAAGUGGUAUUCCACCUUCCCUUAUAACACUACAAAUUAAAGACUUUCUUAAUGGACCAGCAGACAUCAACUUGGAUAUGUCAAAGCCUUUGAAAGCAAACCUGAGUUUUACCAAACUGGAUCAGAUAAACCAUUUUUUAAAGAAGAUAAAAAAUGCACACAACUUUGCACAUAGCAAAGAGACUUCAGCUCUUUCAGACACCGUGCUGAAUAAGGAUGAGCUUCCAGUCUCCAAAUGUUACCGCAGAAAGUUGUCUAAACCUAAAGUUCAUGGUGACGGAGUACAAAAGAUUCCACUUCAAGAAAACGUGUGGAGAGCUGUUUCCUGCUUUCAAAAAAUUUCUGUCCAUACUACUCAGAUUGUGAUCUCCAUGGAAACUGUCCCCCAUCCUAGUAAACCAUGCGUGUUAGCCUCUCUGUCAAACCUCAGUGGAAGCCUUAGUGUCAAAGCAUCACAAAAAGUACCUGGCAUAAUUCUUGGGUCAUCAUUUCUACUCAGCAUAAAUGAUUUUCUCCUUAAAACAAGUCUCAAAGAAAGAAGUCGGAUUCUGAUAGGACCAUGUUGUGCUACUGCCAAUCUGGAAGCUAAAUGGUGUAAACACAGUGGCAAUCCAGGCCCAGAACAAUCCAUACCAAAAAUAUCUGUCGAUUUAAGAGGAGGUCUGCUACAGGUCUUCUGGGGUCAAGAACAUUUGAAUUGUUUAGUUCUUCUACAUGAAUUACUCAAUGGAUACCUUAAUGAGGAGGCAAAUUUUGAAGUGCAAGUUUCUGAACCGGUGCCUCAAAUGCCAUCUCCUAUGGACAAGAAUCAGACCUUUAAAAGUGAAUACAGUUCAGAUGACCUACGGACAGGUCUAUUUCAGUAUUUUUAUUUGACAGAACCUUUGAAACUGCCUGGUGUCUAUGAAGUCUUGUUUUAUAAUGAAACCGAAGAUAGCCCAGGGAUGAUGUUAUGGAGGUAUCCAGAAUCUAGAGUGCUCACCCUUGUACGAAUAACUCCUGUGCCUUUCAACACCACAGAGGAUCCAGAUAUUAGCACAGCAGACCUUGGUGAUGUGCUACAGAUUCCGUGUAGUUUGGAAUACUGGGAUGAACUUCAGAAGAUUUUUGUUGCAUUUCGAGAAUUUAAUCUGUCUGAAAGCAAAGUCUGUGAAUUGCAGUUGCCAGAUAUCAAUCUUGUGAAUGACCAGAAGAAAUUAGUAUCCUCAGAUCUUUGGAGAAUUGUCCUGAACAGCAGUCAAAAUGGAGCUGAUGACCAAAGCUCUGCCAGUGAAUCUGGUUCCCAAAGCACUUGUGAUCAACUUGUAACUCCAACAGCCCUGGCUGCCUGUACCAGAGUGGACUCCUGUUUUACCCCAUGGUUUGUCCCAUCUCUCUGCAUUUCCUUCCAAUUUGCUUGCCUGGAGUUCCGUCUUUGUCAUCACCUUGAUCAACUAGGCACAGCGCAACCACAGCACCUAAAGCCAUUCAUUUCUGAUAAAAAUGUGCCAUCUGAACUAGAAUACAUGAUUGUUUCCUUCAGAGAACCACACGUGUAUCUUCGACAGUGGAAUAAUGGUUCUGUCUGUCAGGAGAUUCGAUUCUCAGCUCAAACAGACUGUAAACUUCUAGAGUGCAGAAAUGUUACAAUGCAAAGCGUGGUGAAACCCUUCAGCAUGUUUGGACAGGUUGCAGUUUCCAGCAGUACAGUUGAAAAGCAGCUCGACUGCACCAUGAUAGUUGACUCUAUAUUUGUAAACUUUGGACAGCAUAUAGUUCAUUCUCUAAACACUGCAAUACAAGCUUGGCAACAGAACAAAUGCCCUGAGGUAGAGGAGUUGGUCUUCAGCCAUUUUGUGAUAUGUAAUGACACACAGGAGACACUGCGGUUUGGCCAGGUGGAUACUGAUGAAAAUAUUCUGCUGGCGAGUCUCCACAGUCACCAGUACAGCUGGCGCUCUCACAAAUCCCCACAGCUGUUACACAUCUGUAUUGAAGGUUGGGGCAAUUGGCGUUGGUCAGAGCCUUUCAGUGUGGACCAUGCUGGGACUUUUAUUAGAACAAUUCAGUAUAAGGGUCGAACCGCUUCACUCAUCAUCAAGGUUCAGCAACUUAGUGGAGUGCAAAAACAGAUUAUCAUCUGUGGAAGACAGAUCAUCUGUAGUUACUUGUCUCAAAGCAUAGAACUAAAAGUCGUUCAGCAUUACAUUGGUCAAGAUGGACAAGCUGUGGUUCGAGAACAUUUUGACUGCCUCACAGCCAAACAGAAAUUGCCUUCAUACGUACUGGAAAACAAUGAACUGACAGAGUUGUGUGUGAAAGCCAAAGGAGAUGAAGAUUGGUCAAGAGAUGUGUGCCUAGAAUCCAAAGCCCCUGAGUAUAGCAUUGUCAUUCAGGUGCCAUCUUCAAACAGUUCCAUUAUUUAUGUCUGGUGCACAGUUUUGACUUUAGAACCCAACUCUCAAGUGCAACAACGAAUGAUUGUGUUCAGCCCUCUUUUUAUCAUGAGGAGUCAUCUUCCAGACCCCAUUAUCAUACAUUUGGAGAAAAGGAGUCUGGGAUUGAGUGAAACACAAAUUAUUCCAGGAAAAGGGCUGGAAAAACCACUGCAAAACAUAGAACCUGACCUUGUACAUCACCUAACAUUUCAAGCAAGAGAAGAAUAUGAUCCUUCAGAUUGUGCUGUUCCCAUCUCAACAUCCCUCAUUAGGCAAAUAGCCACUAAGAUAUACCCUGGAGGCACAGUUAAUCAGAUCCUUGAUGAAUUCUAUGGGCCAGAAAAGUUCCUUCAACCCACAUGGCCCUAUAAUAAGAAAGAUUAUGACAGGAAUGAACAGCUGAGUCAGUGGGAUAGCCCAAUGCGAGUGAAGCUGUCAGUCUGGAAGCCAUAUGUUAGAACUUUGUUGAUAGAACUUCUACCGUGGGCCCUGCUUAUCAAUCAGUCCAAGUGGGACCUCUGGCUAUUUGAAGGAGAGAAGAUUGUUCUACAGGUUCCUGCUGGCAAAGUUAUUAUUCCUCCUAAUUUUCAGGAAGCUUUUCAAAUUGGAAUAUACUGGGCAAAUACAAACACUGUGCACAAGUCAGUAGCAAUUAAGCUGGUCCAUAACCUGACAUCUCCAAAGUGGAAAGAUGGAGGUCAUGGUGAAGUUGUGACAUUGGAUGAAGAAGGGUUUGUCGAUGCUGAAAUAACACUUGGUGCUUUCCCAGGACAUCAGAAGUUAUGUCAGUUCUGCAUUUCUUCCAUGGUACGGCAUGGUAUACAGAUUAUUCAGAUUGAAGACAAGACUAUAAUAGUCAAUAAUACACCAUAUCAAAUAUUUUAUAAACCACAGUUAUCUGUCUCCAACCCCCAUUCUGGAAUGGAGUAUUUUCAUGAUCCAGACAGUGCAACUUUUAGCAUUUGCCCAGGUGGAGAUCAGCCUGCAAUGAAAUUCAGCUCCCUUCCUUGCUGGGACUUAUUGCCUGAUAUCAGUCAGUCAGCGUUGGACGCAACCCUGCUUCAGAAACAGAUCUUGCUGGGCUUUUCUCCUGCCACAGAUGCCAACAGCUCACAGUGCUGGAGCCUGCCAGCUAUAGUUAGACAAGAGUUUCCAAGACAGAGUGUGGCAGUGCCCUUCAGGAAUUUUAGGGAAAAUGGAUUCUGUACCAGGGCUAUAGCACUGACAUAUCAAGAACACUUUGGAGUGACUUAUCUAACCCUCUCAGAAGACCCUAGUCCUCGAGUAAUUUUCCACAACAGAUGUCCAGUAACAAUGCUUAUAAAGGAAAAUAUUAAAGAUACUCCAAAGUUUGAGGUUUAUUGCAAAAAAAUUCCUUCUGAGUGCUCAAUUCAUCAUGAGUUAUAUCAUCAGAUUUCCAGUUAUCCAGACUGCAAGACCAAAGACCUCCUUCCUAGCCUCCUUUUGAGAGUAGAAUUGCCGGAUGAAAUAACCACUGAGUGGAGCGAUGCCAUCGACGUCAAUAGCCAGGGAACACAGGUUGUGUUCCUGACUGGCUUUGGCUAUGUGUACGUGGACAUUGUCCAUCAGUGUGGCACGGUCUUCAUCACUUUAGCCCCAGAAGGAAAAGCAGGAUCUAUUUUAAUUAAUACCAACAGAACUCUGGAGAAGAUUGUUACAUUUAAAAUGUUCAUCACUCAGUUGAGCCUGGCAGUCUUUGAUGAUCUCACCCACCAGAAAGCAUCAUCUGAACUUCUGAGACUCACACUGGACAAUGUUUUUCUCUACAUGGCCCCAGGCGCUGGUCCCCUCCCUGGGGAAGAGCCCGCUGCUGCACUCUUUCAGCUUUACUGUGUGGAGGUCUGCUGUGGGGACCUGCAGUUGGACAACCAGCUUUAUAACAAGUCCAAUUUCCACUUUGCUGUCUUGGUCUGCCAGGGAGAAAAAACAGAACCAACUCAGUGUUCCAAAAUGCAGAGUCUCCUUGUAUCCAGCAAAGAUUUGGAAGAAUAUAAGGAAAAUUGUUUUAUCAAGCUUUGCAUCACCUUAACUGAGGGCAACAGCUUCCUAUUUGAUAUUAAUGAGUUUAGUUUUGAAUUGAAACCUGCACGGUUAUAUGUGGAAGACACAUUUGUACACUACAUCAAAACUUUAUUUGACACUUACCUUCCUACCAGCAAUCUGGCUGGUCAAUCCCUGCAACUCUGCAGUGGUGAACAGGUGUUGCCCAUGCAGGUCAGACAGCAUGCCAGGGCCUUGGUGAAUCCCGUGAAGUUACGGAAACUGGUGAUACAGCCAGUGCAUCUGCUCGUCAGCAUCCACGCUUCUCUCAAGCUGUACAUAGCCUCCGACCACACUCCUCUCUCCUUCUCAGUGUUUGAAAGAGGCCCCAUCUUCACCACUGCGAGGCAGCUGGUGCAUGCCCUGGCAAUGCACUAUGCCGCUGGGGCUCUCUUUAGAGCAGGCUGGGUGGUUGGAUCUCUGGAAAUCCUCGGCAGCCCUGCAAGUUUGGUGAGAAGCGUAGGGAAUGGGAUCGCUGAUUUCUUUAGGCUUCCAUAUGAGGGGCUGACCCGAGGCCCAGGAGCCUUCGUGAGUGGAGUUUCCAGAGGGACAACAUCAUUUGUAAAGCACAUUUCCAAAGGUACCCUCACGUCUAUCACCAACCUGGCCACAAGCCUGGCCCGGAACAUGGACCGGCUCUCACUGGACGAGGAGCACUACAACCGGCAGGAGGAGUGGCGGCGGCAGCUCCCCGAGAGCCUGGGCGAGGGGCUGCGACAGGGCCUGUCUCGGCUGGGCAUCAGUCUGCUUGGUGCAAUUGCUGGUAUAGUGGAUCAGCCAAUGCAGAACUUCCAGAAAACAUCUGAGGCUCAGGCUUCAGCAGGACACAAGGCCAAGGGUGUUAUCUCAGGUGUGGGGAAAGGAAUCAUGGGGGUGUUCACAAAGCCCAUUGGAGGAGCUGCUGAGCUUGUGUCACAGACUGGCUAUGGUAUUUUACAUGGAGCUGGACUUUCUCAGCUUCCCAAACAGCGCUAUCAGCCAAGUGAUCUACAUGCUGACCAGGCUCCAAAUAGCCAUGUCAAAUAUGUCUG